CACAGUUCCACACGUGCAAUAUUUACGAAAUAUGCGCAAUUUGAAGCUUCAAUAUUGCCAGGAGCUGGAGACAGCGGUGGCCCAGCCCCGCCAGCUCCUCCUGCAGCCGGAACUAAAUGGCGACGCCUCCGACACGGCCUUCCUGGUGACCGACAGCAAGAUCUACGCCGUGCAGGGGUCCGGCGAUGUGCGGUCCAAAGUGAUUGCCGAUUUGCCGGACAUUGUGGGCGCCGAGUUCCUGCAGCUGGACAAUGCGAUCUGUGUGGCCAGCGGCGCCGGCGAGGUUCUGCUGAUCGAUCCCCAGACGGGAGCCACCAACGAGGGCACCUACUGUGAAGUAGGGAUCGAGCGCAUGGCCUGGUCACCCAACCAGGAGGUUGUGGCCUUUGUGACCCGCACUCACAACGUCGUGCUGAUGACCAGCACCUUCGAUGUGAUAGCCGAGCAGCCGCUGAACGCGGAUCUGGCCCCGGAUCAGCAGUUUGUCAACGUGGGAUGGGGCAAGAAGGAGACACAGUUUCACGGUUCGGAGGGAAAGCAAGCUGCUAAGCAGGCGGCAGGAACUACUGACACCACUAAUCAAGACUGGCAGGAGCUAAACCAGGACAUCCACAUUUCCUGGCGCGGCGAUGGCGCCCACUUUGUGGUCUCCUACGUGGCCGCCCAGGUGGGUCGUACCUUCAAGGUAUACGACUGCGAGGGAAAACUUCAGCACACGGCCGAAAGGUGUGCAAAUCUGCAGGAAGUAGUGGCCUGGCGACCAGCAGGCAACUGGAUUGCCCUGCCCCAGAGAUUCCCCAACAAGUCCACGAUAGCGCUCUUCGAGAAGAAUGGCUUGAGGCAUAGGGAGCUGGUUCUACCCUUCGAUCUGCAAGAGGAGCCUGUGGUACAGCUUCGUUGGAGCGAGGAUUCAGAUAUUCUGGCCAUCAGGACAGCUACCAAGGAGGAGCAGCGAGUUUAUCUGUACACGAUAGGCAACUACCACUGGUACUUAAAGCAGGUGUUGAUCUUCGACCAAGUGGAUCCCCUGGCGCUGCUUCAUUGGGACACGCGCAUGGGAGCUGAGCACACAUUGCACCUGGUCAAGGAAAGUGGAAAGCAACUGGUUUACUGCUGGGCCUUUGCUGUGGAUCGCUACGAGCGCAGUGGCGUCGUGGGCGUCAUCGAUGGCAAGCGUCUGCUGUUGACGGACUUUGCCAGGGCGGUAGUGCCACCGCCCAUGUGCCAGCGCGUCCUACAGCUCGAGAAUUACAUCAAUGCCUUUACCUGGUACGAGACCAGCCUGUGUGUUUAUACUUGCGAUCGUAAGCUGCACUUCUACGAGCCCAUGCAGCAGUUGAGCGGCCAGGAACCACGGGCCAGCUUACUUAUGCCGGAUGCCGAGCUCUCGCGCCUGCCUCUGGCAAAUCUCACGUACUUCAACUGUGAUUACCUGCUGGCCACGUACAGCACGGGAGGAUCUACGCGGCUGCUGCUUUUGAACAAGGAGCCCGAUGAAGAUGAGGUCAAUGAUCAGGGCGAGCUCUGCUACCGGGUGCAGUGUUCCCUAAGAAUCAGUGGGUUGGUCAAUGCCUUGUCUGUGGGAGCCAAUGCCAUGGAUGAGUUCUAUGUGCAGACGGUAAAUAAUGGUCACACCUACGAGGUGUUUCUCAAGACGGACAACACUUUGAAGGUGGAGCGAACGCAUGUGCAGUUGGCCCAGGCAGCUGACCAGAUCGAGUGGUUCACCAUCAACAGUGACUCUACAGGUGGUCUCAUUACUCUACGGAACCAACAGCUGCUCCACCUGGACGGUCAUCGCAUUGCCGAAGACGUCACCUCAUUCUGCGUGGUGGGCAACUAUCUGGCCUACACCCAGCUUAAUGCCUUGCACUUUGUCCGACUGAAGGAUCGCCGCCAAGUGGCCAGCAGGAACAUAGAGCGUGGCGGCAAGCUGGUAACCGCGGUGGCCACUGAGGCGCGAGUGGUUCUCCAACUUCCGCGCGGAAAUCUCGAAGCCAUCUGCCCUCGCGUGCUCGUACUGGAGCUGGUUGGUGCCCUGCUUGCUAGGAAGCAAUACCAGGCGGCGAUGCAGAUGCUGCGGAAGCAGCGCAUCAACCUAAACAUUAUGUGGGAUCACAACGUAGAGCUUUUUAUAGCUUCGGUGGACGUCUUCCUGCGAGAGAUAAAACAGAGCCAGUGGCUCUGUCUUUUCCUAAGUGAACUGCAGAACGAAGAUUUCUCAAAGGGCAUGUACUCCAGCAACUACGAGGCUGCCAAGCAGACCUAUCCCGCAGACUAUCGGGUGGAGGAGAAGGUGGAAUAUGUGUGCCGGCUGCUGUGCCAACGCAUGGAGCAAGCCACCCGGCCAGAAGAUGUUGAACGCUUCCGCCUGCCUGUGAUCACAGCUUAUGUGAAGUUGGGUCGCCUAGAGCAGGCCUUACAGCUCAUCUGGCAGGAGAAGCAGACGGAUGCAGCACUGGCAGAUCAGCUGCUGAAGUACCUUUUGUAUCUAGUGGAUGUGAAUGAUUUGUACAACGUUGCUCUAGGUACCUACGACUUUGGUUUGGUCUUGUUUGUGGCCCAAAAAUCGCAAAAGGAUCCGAAGGAAUUUCUGCCCUAUCUCAAUGAGCUAAAAGCUCUGCCCACGGACUAUCGCAAGUUCCGGAUUGAUGAUCACCUCAAGAGAUAUACCUCGGCCCUGUCCCAUCUGGCUGCUUGCGGGGAGCAGCACUACGAGGAGGCUCUGGAGUUUAUCAGGAAGCAUGGUCUGUACACAGCUGGCUUGUCCUGCUAUCGGGAGCACGAGGAGUUCCACAAGCGCGUCUGCGUGGCCUAUGCAGAUCACCUCAGGGCCAAUGCCAAGCUGGAUAAUGCCAGUUUGAUGUACGAGCGUGGAGGACAACUCCAGCAGGCGCUGCUCAGUGCCAAGCACACUUUAGACUGGCAGCGUGUCCUAGUGCUGGCCAAAAAGCUGGAGGAGCCUCUGGAUCAGGUGGCUCUGUCACUAGUGGGACCUCUACAGCAGCAGGGACGACACAUGGAAGCCUAUGAGUUGGUUAAGGAGCAUGGUGGAGACCGGAACAGGCAGUUGGAGGUACUGCUAGAGGGUCAUCUGUACGGCAGGGCCAUCUACGAAGCCGGUCUGGAGCAGGGAGAUGCUUUGGUGGAGAAAAUUGCUCCCGCUCUGUUGGCCUACGGAGCCCAGUUACAGGGCUCCUUGCAAGCUGAUCAUAAACUCUUCCUGGAGUACAAGCAACGCUUGCUGGACAUUCGCCAAAGGCAAGCCUCUUCAGGAGAUGCGGACAACGAUGGGGACUUGGACAUCGAGGAGGUGGAUCUUCUGUCGGACACAACCAGUCUGCACUCCUCACGCUACAGCGGCACCUCUCGUGGCACCGGCAAGACAUUCCGCUCCAGCAAAAACCGACGUAAGCACGAACGCAAGCUGCUCAGUUUGAAGCCGGGCAACCCCUUCGAAGACAUUGCGCUCAUUGAUGCGCUGCACAACCACGUCACGAAGAUUGCCCAGCAGCAGCAGCCUGUGCGUGACACAUGCAAAGCGCUGCUCCAGCUGGGCGGCAGCGGAGCACCUGUGGAUGGCGAUUCCCUGGCGGCGUCACUGCAGCGUGAAUUUAAGACGCUGCUGAAGACGGUAGAGGAGUCGCUGGACGAGAUCUGGACGCCGGAGCUGGUGAGCAAUGGAUCGGUGGCGCAGCAUCUAACGGGACCCAAUGUGGACUACUUGGCGCUGCAAAAGGAGCAGCGCUAUGCCUUGAUAAGUCCCCUGAAGCGCUUCAAGCCGCAGCUAAAUCUGAUCGACUGGCAGCACGAGAUCCUCCAGUGAGUCAUCGUUUUAUUUGCGUGUGGCUGGUCGCCCCCCCCCAAUCCUCCCCCAAUAUCCGCACCCAUCUAAGCUUUACUUUCACUGCUCUGGAAAUAAAUGUAGCAUUGAAAUGCUAAUUGAAUGUAUCGAAAUUAAACAAAAAACCAACCGCUUGCAGUGGGCAGAUGACUGAUGAGUGCCAGUCCAGUGCCAGGCAGCUGGCAAAAGUGGGCGGCACGACAUGGGGCUCUUCCCCCAAAACUCAUGUUCGAUUCGGAACUAUCACUUUUUUUUUAUUGGGGGCGUCGUCUCUUAAAUAUCAUUUAUAAUCGCUGCCGCCUGUGAGCAGCAACGCCCUUAAUAUAUAUUUCCUUUUUUGAGAAAAACAAACAUUUUGCCUGAUAUGAUUUCCUGUUGCUGUUGCGCCGCUGCAGUGAAGCGUUUUGUUUGCCAAACAAAAACCGUAGAGGCGGAGGCAACCACCGGAGAAGGUUGGAACCGGUUUCACCUGCCGGGAUUUGUGUUGUGGGCGCCCAUUGUUGCCAGGUAGCCGCUAGUUGUGGUGGGAACAGUGGGGACGAAAUGUUCUCGAGGAGUAUUCCUUUCUAUUUUCUAUAAUUAUAGAUGAUUUUAUUUAAUUAUUUGAUGAUAAAAUUAUACAAGACUUAUCACCUAAUAAGAGAAAGUCUGCUAUAAAUAAUAAAAAUAAAAAUAACAGGGCCAAGAAUAAUCACUUUACUUUUAAUAUCCAUUCAUAAUCUUGUGACUAUUCAUCUACUUAGCAUACUCUUCUGUCUUGCUAAAGGUUCUGAACCCUCAACAUGCAAUCUCAACAGAGUAAUAGCCCUACUUCAGUUACAAUUAAAUUUAAUUAACUACUUUUAACCAUCAUUUCCCGAUUAACAGUGCAAAAAUGUGCACUUGCAUUCUUCUGUUAGCGCUCUGUAAAGAAAUAGCUUUCGAGCAUGCGCACUGUGGGCCCGACGACUACUUUUUUGACGGAACCACUUUUUUUUUAAGUCGUAACAGUC